GCCAGCCUACCCCUUCCCUGAUUUCCGUGUCCUGUGGGUCCCUCGUAACCCUGUCACCUGUAAUGCGCACGGAGGACCGAUCCCAAGGCUCCUAUCUGCUUUCCCGUCCUGGCUAGGUUAGGAGAGCCCAGAGCAGCAGUCGAGGGCUUGGUAUUCAGGUGUGAUCCGUCAUGUGAAAGCUGCGAGAAUGACUCCGGGUUAUAAGGAGCCGAGUGCAGUUCCUCCAUCAGCGUCAGGUCAAGUUCGAGGUUACUAUGUAGACUGGAGAAUGUUGCGUGAUUUGAAGAGACGGAAAAUGGCUUAUGAAUAUGCAGAUGAGAGGCUUCGGAUCAAUUCGCUCAGAAAGAAUACCAUUUUGCCAAAGGACCUUCAGGAAAUGGCUGGUGAUGAAAUUGCUGCCCUUCCACGGGAUAGCUGUCCUGUUAGAAUCAGAAAUCGCUGUGUUAUGACAUCUCGCCCACGUGGUGUUAAGCGUCGCUGGAGACUUAGUCGCAUUGUCUUCCGCCACUUAGCUGACCACGGGCUACUUUCUGGAGUCCAGCGAGCGAUAUGGUAAAACCAUUUCAGAACCUGCCCAGCUGGGCAGUCAAUCCUGGCAGGAGACUUAAGAUCAAACCCUAGGUCUUACAAGGGUCUAGUAUGUUUAGUCUACUUAACCCUGAGUUAAAUUACUUUUACAUUUUAAAUAAUGUGGCUAUUUGUCAUUGAAUUGUCUUUCAACUUUAAAGCAUAGUACAAGAGUGGAAUAAACAUAUUUUCUGUGAAAGUAUGGUCUUUCCUUCAAGUUUGAUGUUUAGUAGCAAAAUAAUAUAUAUUUUUGGAGUGAUUUCACAAAAUAUUUCUAGAUGUCAGAUCUAAUUGACAGGUUGCUUUUCUAUGUUGUAUUCCUGGACUAGUUUCCCUGGUCUGCAGUUACAAUCACUUUUUGGAUAACAAUAGACAGAGUUAAACAGGAUAUUCUAAAUUAUAUUUAGGGUCAACUUUAUGUGACAGUGAAUAAAAGAACUGCUAAAUAGUUGUUUCAUCUUUUAAAUUUUUUCAUUACUGCGUAUGGAUGUUUUCAUGCAUGCAAACCUAUGUUCCACGUGGGUGCCUGGUGCUGGAGGCCAGAGGAAGGCCCUGGGUUCCAAUUACAAACAGCUGUGAGCUACCACAUUUAAACCUUACCUGUUGCCUGGAGACUUCGAUAUUUCAGUGCUGAUGGUUGCACGGGAUCUGUUUUCAUUAAGGAUUGUAGGAUUUUCUAAUUCUAUCUUUGCUGCAUCCUUUGGGUGUUUGUUAUUAUUUUUUUAAAAAACUUUCCAUAUCAACAAUUACUAAAACAUGUUUCUUUGACAUAAAUGUGUAAUUAAUUUUCAGAGUAAACAAGUUGCUAUACUACUAAAAAUGGAAACCAAUCAUUGUUCAUCCCUGUGAACUUUGAAAUGUUUAUAUAUUUGGUGCAUUAGCCCACUCUGCCCAUUCUUACCCAUGAUCAUUGUCCUAUUACCAGUGGAAGUCCCUUGACAUCUCUAUCCUGUAAGUAAGGUUAUUCACUAUGUUCUUGAUUGAUUACUGUUAUAACAGCCAGUAUAGUUCCUGAUUAAGACACCUGUCUUUAGGGCUCUUUUAGUAGGAAAUGUUUAGAGACCACAAGAUACACUAAGGUUAACUCAUAGCCAUUAAGUUGUCAUUGCCUUGCUAGGAAUUUUCAUUUUGUUUCAAGAUUUUUAAUUAUGUGUAUAUGUAUGUGUGGGGCAGGGGGUGAGUGCUUGGGGGGACCAGAGGUGUCAGAUACUAGAGCUGGACUUAGUCUUGUGAGCCACAUGGGAUGGGUGUUGGGAACAGAACUGGGGUUCCCUUUGAGAGUGGUAUACAUCCCUUCAGCCCUAGAAAUGUGUUUUUAUUAUAAGUAAAACAUAGUGGUACCUUUAUAUUAAUUCUAUAUUUAUGUAUCUUACAUAAAAAUUUUAAAUCUUGGGGGCUGGAGGGAUGGCUCAGCAGAGAGCAAGUACUGUUCUUCCAAAGGAUCAGAGUUCAGUUCCUAGCACCCAUGAGGGACAGCUCAUAACCAACUGUAAUUCAACUCCCUGGGAAGUCCAAAAAACCUCUGGCAGCCUCCAGCAACCACAAUGGCGAUUAACUCAAGAUUU